CUUGCAGAAAUCAACCUCUCUCUAUUUCUGUAUCUAAAUCUAUAUAUAUACAUCACGCACUUUUAUAGCCGUGAUUGCUUUAUACCUCUUUGUUCGAAAGUAAGGAGAAGAAGAUAUAGAGAAACAAAACGGUUCUAAAUUCUCUCUCAUAUACUGUACUGUUUUCUUCGCCCAGAUUUAAUCAAGUGGUUGUACUAUUACUGUUGAUCGAUUUAUUGAGUGUUAAGAGAGAUUCAUUGAUGAUUAGAAAAUAUCGUGUAAAUAUGUUGAGGAAUGAAGUGUAAAUUCAACGAAUGGGGUGUGUUCUUGGUCGAGAGGUUUCGUCUGGCAUAGUUCACGAGUCCAAGGAAGAGAGGAGAGAGGCUGAGAGUGAGAAGAAGAAAAAUAAGAAUAAGAAUUUGAGUGUUGAAUCUAAAGAGGUGUUGGAGGUUGGGGAAACAAGGGUUGAUAAUGAUAAUGGUGAGGUUAAUAAUGAUGGGACCCAGAAGGAGGAGAAGGUUGAAGGUGAGAGGAGAAGAUCGAAGCCGAAUCCGAAGCUGCGAAAUCUGGUGAAGCAUAGGCAUGGGGAACGGGUUGCUGCUGGAUGGCCAUCUUGGCUCUCUGCUGUUGUUGGGGAAGCAAUCGAUGGUUGGCUUCCUCGACGGGCUGAUAGUUUUGAAAAAAUUGAUAAGAUCGGGCAAGGAACAUAUAGCAAUGUGUACAAAGCUAGAGAUACUGUAACAGGUAAAAUUGUUGCGCUAAAGAAGGUACGAUUUGAUAAUUUGGAACCAGAAAGUGUGAGAUUUAUGGCUAGAGAAAUUAUCAUUUUGAGGCGAUUGGAUCAUCCCAAUGUUAUAAAACUGGAGGGUUUGGUUACUUCAAGAAUGUCAUGUAGUUUGUACCUGGUGUUUGAGUACAUGGAGCAUGAUUUGGCUGGACUCGCUGCUAGCCCAGAAAUUAAGUUUACAGAGCCACAGGUUAAGUGUUACAUGCACCAGCUAUUAUCUGGACUUGAGCAUUGUCACAAUCGCGGUGUCCUCCAUCGUGACAUUAAAGGAUCAAAUCUUCUUAUUGACAAUGGGGGUGUACUUAAGAUAGCUGACUUUGGGUUGGCUACCAUUUUUAAUCCUAGCGACAAGCAUCCAAUGACCAGUCGGGUCGUCACACUCUGGUACCGAGCUCCAGAGCUUCUUCUUGGGGCUACUGAUUAUGGCGUAGGCAUAGACCUGUGGAGUGCAGGUUGUAUUGUAGCUGAAUUAUUGGCUGGGAAGCCUAUCAUGCCCGGCCGUACGGAGGUAGAACAAUUACAUAAGAUAUACAAGCUAUGCGGCUCGCCUUCUGAUGAAUAUUGGAAAAAAUCCAAGUUGCCUAAUGCAACCUUAUUCAAGCCCCGGGAGCCUUACAAGCGAUGCAUUUUGGAGACGUUCAAAGAUUUCCCGUCAUCAUCAUUGCCUCUAAUUGAAACUCUUCUUGCAAUGGACCCAGCUGAACGUCAGACUGCAACUGAUGCAUUAAGAAGUGAAUUCUUCACUACAGAGCCAUAUGCUUGCGAUCCUUCUAGUCUCCCGCAAUAUCCUCCAACAAAAGAGAUAGAUGCCAAACGACGUGAUGAUGAGGCUCGAAGGCAAAGAGCUGCUGGUAAGGCCCAGGGUGAUGAGGUUAAGAAAGUGCGCACACGUGAACGAGCUGUUCGAGCAAUUCCAGCUCCAGGAGCCAAUGCGGAGCUUCAAUCUAAUCUUGACCGGCGGCGUCUAAUCACCCACGCAAAUGCAAAAAGCAAGAGCGAGAAGUUUCCUCCACCUCACCAGGAUGGAGGACUUGGUGUCCCCUUGGGUGCUUCACAUCAUAUCGAUCCUGCCCUUAUUCCUCCUGAUAUCCCGUUUAGUUCCUCUUCAUUCACAUAUUCAAAAGAACCAGUUCAAAAUUGGUCGGGUCCUUUGGUCGAUCCUGUUCCUCCAAGGCGAAAGAAGCCCGGUGCAGGUGUUGCGCGAGAACUGACAAGACCUUUUACAUGCAAGAGAGAUAAAAGUAACCUUGGUCAGGCUAAAUGAAAGGAAAGGGUGGCUUAUAGACAUGUCGCAUACAAUGUUGGCACAAUUCUUGUAGGAGUUGCAGAGCUAUUUGAUACACGGAAGGCACUGAAAUAUGUUGAUUGGUAAAUAAUUUUUUUUUUCUUUUUUUUUUUUUUCUUGGGUAAAGAAUUAUUUUUUUCCUUUUCAAGUAAAGAUUUUUAUUUAUUUAUUUAUUCAUUUUUAAUAUGGGUCUUAUUGGUUGGGAAGUUUGGGAUGUACAUUUUGACAUUUUCCUUAGUUCCUUGUGUUUGAACUUGAUACUGUUUGAAAUAGUGAAAAUCUUAAUAAAUGUUUGACUCUGAUUA